CCCUCCGGUGCGGCGCGGCGCGGUCCUGCCCGAGCGACGGCAUGGAGAAGCUGCGGCGGGUGCUGACCGGGCAGGACGACGAGGAGCAGGGACUGACGGCGCAGGUCCUCGAUGCCUCAACACUCAGCUUUGGUACUCGAGUCAGAUGGUUUGCCAUAUGUUUUGUUGCUGGCAUUGUAUGCUCUAUUCUUGGAACAGCAUUGCUAUGGCUCCCAAAGGGGAUCAAACUUUUUGCAGUGUUUUACACCCUGGGAAACAUUGCUGCAUUAGCCAGUACAUGUUUCCUGAUGGGGCCACUGAAGCAACUGAAAGCAAUGUUUGAGCCAAAAAGAUUAAUAGCUACAGUUGUGAUGCUGUUGAUUACAGCUGAUGUGGAUAAGAAACCCUUCAUGAAUUCCUUCUGGAUGGCUGUCAUAUGGGUUGUAUAUUCUUUCUCUCUCACACCCACAUGAAAAAAAAAAGUUACAAUCUCAUUUGAGAAGCUCACGUUUGCCCACAUCUUUUGGAGAAGUGACUUGAUCCUUGCUUGGACUCCAAGCUUUGUUAAAGAGGUGACUUUUUGUCAUCUCUUCCAAAUCAUACCAAGUUACAAGUCCUAGGGAAGUUAUGUUUCGUAGGUCUGCAGUACAUAUGUCCAAGAAUAUCUCCAAUUCUCUAGAGUCUCUGUUUGCUGAGCAUGAAUUCUCUAACACUUUACAGCUGUGGGCUUUUUCUGGUCAAGCUGAGGGCCUAAGCCAGACACUAAAACAGCCAGCACAAAAAUUAUUUGCUCUGUUAGCCUAUCAUCCACUGUACUCAGACGUGGUGACAAAAAAAAUAACUUGCUUUGAAGGCUGUAGAAACAAGACACAUCAGAAGUGAAAGGAGAACAGAGAGUAGAAAAAACAUCACACACCUACCUAUCUGUGCAGAGAAGCUACCAGCAAGGUUAGGAAAAGACAGAAUGAAAGAUUUCAUCUAAUAGGGAACAGGAACACUGGAUGAGAGCUAAGACUCUUAGGAUGGAAAAUUUCAGUAGUACAGAGCAGAACUGGUAAACUUCUAAAGUUUAGAAAACUUUUGAUGUAUUUGACUGUUUUCUUCCCCAUCCUAACACAAAGCUGGAAUUGUAGGCAACUGAGGAGUCACCAAUAUGUUUGGAAAAUUUCAAGAGAGUCUGUUAUUUUCAUUUCUUCCACUAAAACACCAAUAAUUUUUUUCUCACUGAAAAUUAAUAUAGGGUUUAAUUCUGUUUUCUACUGUGUGUAAUGACAAAUGGAGGGAGCCAGGUGAGACUUAGUGGAAAAGUUCAAAGUGAUGCUUGCACAAAUGGUGUGAUUAAUUUGGCAUAGUAAACCAUAUCAUUGUAAUGUUCCAUCAAAGGUGUGUAAGUAGUUUGAAUAAAGCUUCAUGUGAGCUUUUUUGCUGUGUAUGAAGCAGCUGCUCUCUAGUGGGCUCGUCAUUACUGUCGGAAGAUGAAAAAAACCUCUGGCAGAAGAAGCAGAGCCUGUGUUUGCCAGAUACUGUAAUUGUGAAUGGGUGUUUUUAAUAAUGGGUUGUUCAUGGUGAUGCACGUACCUUUCUUGUCAGAUGCUGAUGUUAGGAAUACUAGACCCAAAAUGAUACUAUGUACUGAAAUAAUAGAACAGCAGUUCCCAGACUACUUGGUUGCUUUCAAGCGAGCUUUAUCAUCUAAGCCCAUCUCUUAAUAGACCUAACACAUAAGGCUCCACAGACCUGGUUAUACUCCUCAUGGUUCCUGAGGUCAGUUCCUGCCUCCUCUUUCUUCUAAGACUUGUCCCAGCCCUUCUGGCCAUGGAGCACAUCAUACUGUGCUUUGGGAAACACCACUUUACAUGGAGUUCAGCAUAUAGUCACUGUGUGACAGCCUGUGCGUCUGCUUGUUUCAUGAGUCAAUUCUGAAA